AUGGAAGACCGCCGUGCGAUUAUGUCUGAAGUCGAGAAACACUCUUCGAACCGUAGUUGUUGGGUCAUCAUACAAGGAAACGUGUACGACCUCACGACCUUUCUGGAUGUACAUCCGGGGGGAGCGGCCAUUAUUCUUAAAUAUGCGGGCAAAGAUGCCACUGCGGUCUACGAGCCUCUUCAUCCUAGUGAUGCAAUCACAAAACAUCUCACUCCAGAGUCAAAACUGGGACCUUUGGUCCAAACACCAGCCCUCUCUGCCCAAGAGUUGGUUUUGAAAAAGGUGCAACCGGCGGCGCCAUUGAAGAAGCGGUUCAAGCUGAGCGCCGUGGUGAGCAUCGGCGACUUUGAAAGGGCCGCGAACCAAAACCUCGCCCCUCAGGCACUGGCGUUCAUCCAGGCAGGCGCGGAUGAUGAGGCGGCGAAACGAUGGAACGAAAGAAGCUGGCGGACUGUACGUUUUCGACCUCGAGUACUACGACCUGUCAACAAUAUCGACCUUUCAACGUCAAUACUGGGGACGAGAUUCUCACUCCCAUUCUUCAUAUCUCCCGCCGGCGGCGGUAAGCUUGCACAUCCUCAGGGAGAGGUGCUCAUGACCAGGGCCGCGGCCCGGCGCAAUGUGCUUCACUGGGUCUGCAACAUGGCCAGCUGCACGCAAGAGGAGAUCGCCAGCUCCCGAGGCCCUGAUCAAAGUAUCUUCUGGCAAAUAUAUGCCAAGACUGAUCUCACCGCCUCGGAACAUGAAAUCAAGUUGGCCAUCCAGAGAGGGUUCAAAGGCUUCGCGUUGACAGUAGAUGCCAUUCGCGCAGGGAACAGAGAGCGAGAUGUUCGACAUGGGAUAGAGGAGUUUGAGGAGGUCUCCGAAGGCACAGCAGACAACUCAGAUGACUUCACGACACCGGAUGGUGGAAUUUCAGCCAUCAGAGCGCCCGUCUAUUCAUCGUUUGACUGGGAUAGUGCGAUCAGCUGGCUGCGAAGUCAGACUGAUCUGCCUAUAGCCAUCAAAGGGAUUCAAUGUUGGGAAGAUGCAGCCAUGUGCAUGAAAUACAACGUCCACCCUUGGCUCUCAAACCAUGGGGGUCGACAGCUUGAUGGUGCACCUUCGUCGUUGGAGACCUUGCUCGAGAUCCGCAAGAAUUGCCCCGAGAUCCUGAGCAGGUGCGAUGUCAUUGUCGACGGCGGGUUCAACCGUGGGUCAGACAUCGUCAAGGCUCUCGCCUUGGGUGCAAAGGCCGUGGGCAUCGGUAGACCAUUCCUGUUCGCCUUGUCAUUCGGCGAAGCCGGGAUCAGCAAGGCCAUCGGGACCUUCAAGAAGGAGAUCGAAACCACCCUGGCAUUGCUGGGAGUUGAAACCAUUGCGCAACUUGAUCCGACCUAUGUUGACGCGUCGUCUCUACAGUACUCUCAGGCAUUGCGGGCACUCUUGUGA